GUUAAAUAGUAAAAACCAGAACUCUAGAACGAAAACCGAAAUCCAGAGCAUCAGACAGAGUUCCGAGAUGAGCUUCGUUCUCGUUCUCUUCUUCUUCUUCUUCUUCUCGCCCUUCAAUGGCGUCCUCUUCGUCUCCGCAUCCCAAUCCUUGCUCCAAUUCAACCUCUCUGAGCUUACUCGCCAGCCCUCUCGCUUCUCUUCCUCUGCCCUGGGUUUCCUGCAGGACGUUGUGAAGGCGAUUGCGGCGAAGGAGAAGUGGGAUCCUGAUGCGGAUGUUAGGGUUUCGGAGCUUGAUCGUGCGAGUACUAGGAUUGGGGAUUCUCGGAGGUAUGAGGUUCGGAUGCAGUCGGUGUUCGCGCUGAAGUUUGGGGACGAGUUGGAGGAUGUGAAGUGGAGGAGAUGGGAAGGGGAGUUCGGGGUGGAUUUGAUGAAUGGUGAGGAUGGUCGGAGGGCGAGUGUUGGAGAUUUGGAGCUCGAAGGGCCGGUUGAAUUGCGUGCUGGGAAUGGUGGGGAUGAUGGAAUUGUGCUUCUCUUACCCAAUCAGAAUGUCACAUACAAAGCUUUAAACCGGGUGCUUGUUGGUGAUGGCAUUACAAUAAGGCUUGAAGGUGCUCAAGAAAUCUCCCUUGUUCACCCCAGUGGUAUUUUUUUAUCACUAAAUGGAAGCUUAGUGACACAGAGUGAAACCAAGCAUCAUUUUUGGCCUCUUGGUUAUACCUCAUGCGCCCCAUUACUUUCAAUUCAGGUUAUGGGAUCAACUUCCUUGCAUGCAUUCAGGACCCAUAACCACAAAGUUUCUGUUAAAGCCGCUUUCCAAUCUCAUGACAUUGUUGAAUUGUUAUCUGAUAAGUGUUACAACCAUGAGAAUUUCAAACAGGUGGCAUCAUUCUAUAUUCCAGGUCUUAGUUCAAGGUUAGCGCAUGCGGAGAAAACCUUGAGAAGCUUUCUAGGAAGUCGAAUAUUUCAGAGUAGAUCUAUGAAAAUCUUGAAAAUCAAGGUCAUGACAUCUACUCUAGUUAAGUUCCAGUUCGAACUGGAAAGAGACAUUACUGAGAACGACGAGAAAUGGCAGAAGGUAGAGAAGUGGAGAACAAAGCCUACAGUGGAACGGCGGCGGUUUGAGGUAGUGGCUAGAGUUGAAGGAAAACGGCUAAAACCUGUGACUGUUAGAAAACUUAAGAGACCUCUAGUCGCAUACGAUUCCAUGUCCUGGAGUAAUCUGAUGUCCAAUAUUUCAUUCGCAGAGUUGUUUUCCUUUGUUGUACCUUCAGAGGCCUUGACAUUAGAUGUGAAGUGGUAGCAGUGUUUUAUCAUUCAUUUAUCAAGUUUAUAAUAUGAAUAUAGAUUGUAUAAUAUGCAAGAAAAAAAAAGGAUCAAUCUCUUGCCGGUGUAAAUAUCGAACACCACUGAUGAGUUGUACUGUAAAUAAAACCUUGCUUUUUCUCA